AUGAUAUCGAUUCCGAUUGGUCGUCCGUUGAGUGGUUAUCGGGUGUUCGUUGUUGAUGAAUAUGGACAGGAAGUGGUGCCUGGUGAGCAAGGUGAAAUAGUGGUGGGAGGUGUGGGUGUGUUUGGUGGAUACUAUGGGCGAGAAGAGUUGAGUAAGGAGGUGAUGAUGGAAGUGGAAGGUGAUCUGUGUUAUAAGACGGGUGAUUAUGGUCGAAUAGAGGUGAAGAACGGUGAGUUGAAGUUUGUUGGAAGAAAAGACUUUCAGAUCAAACUUCGAGGACAACGGAUCGAAUUAUCCAUGAUCGAAUCGAUUAUUCUACAAUCAUCAGGUGAUGUUUUGAAUUGUGUAGUCAUUAAAGAAGAUUCACCAAACGACAGCUAUUUAUGCGCUUACAUAAAAAUAAAAGAAUGUUUAAACAAAAAGAAUAUCGAAGACAUAGUAGUAAGAUAUUGUCGCAAUCAAUUGGCUUCGUACAUGACACCGUCGAAAUGGUACUUUGUACCUGACCUACCGUUAAAUGCGAAUGGUAAAAUUGAUCGACAAAAGUUGUCAUCUGUUUCUGAAGUUACUGAUUUCACAUCUGCUUCUGCGCCAACCAUGCAAUUGUCACCUUUGGAAAAGAAACUCGAAGAUAUAUUUAUUCGUUCGUUUGGUUUGAAGACUCUGCCCGACGUAUCAAAAUCGUUUGGAGAAUUAGGUGGAACAUCUUUGGGGGCGAUGCACGCAUUGAUUCUGAUUCGACAAGAAAUAUAUGAGCAGAUGGAUAUUAGUCUUCUCUUUGCAAAUCCGUCCAUACGUCAGUUGGCUACAGUAUUAGAACCUCUUUUAACAAGACGUUCGAAAUUCGUUGAAAUGGCGAAAGAAGAUGAGGAGAACUUUUCCAUUCGGCCUAUAUCAUCAUGGGUGAUUGAAACACUAGGUAUUCUUUUACUUGCGUGGCUGUGGAUAUGGCCAUUCUAUGCCAUUGCUCACUUGGAUAUUUAUUUUUUUCGUUUGUUCUUAAUUCCUUUGAUACAUUUAUUACAAUAUCCUUUAUGUAUUACACUGCUGCGUGGAUCAGUUUUACGUGGUCGUGAUGCUCUAUAUUCAUGUAAGUAUUAUCGCUUAUGGUUCUUACGGCAUCAAUGGUCUCUGACUAGAUACUGGUUAGGAUACUUAUAUGGAACUCGAUUUUAUAACAUUUACCUUCGUCUAUGUGGAGCGCGUGUUAGUAAUCGAGCUCAUAUCUAUACUAGUUAUAUUGAUGCACCUUGGCUAAUUGAAAUAGGCGAUUUUAGCUACAUUGGUGAAGAAGUCGUUCUCUCAUCGAUUAGCUAUCAUGAUCGUAUUUGUGAAUUGCAUGAAAUUCACAUUGGAUCGUAUUGUUCAGUUGCAGCAAGAAGCGUUUUACAUGAUCGAGUCGACAUGCAUGAUAGAGUAUAUGUAGCGCCAUUAACAUCAAUCACCGGUCGAGUUCUUAGCAAUGACGAAACUGUUGUCGAAUCCUCAAGUGCAUCGCAUCUCGAUUAUUCGAUACCUCAACUGAUUAUGAUUCUACUACUAAUAUCUAUACAUUCGUUGGUUGUAGAGAUCAGCUGGUAUAUAAUAGCUAGGAUAUCAGUAUGCUGGUUUAGUUGGUUGAUUGUUAAUGCAAGUGUUGGCUUGCUUCUCCUUCGUUUCCUCGUGGGUAACGUGGAAGAAAACUUCUCUCACUCGAUAAACUCCUGGCCAUUUUUUCGUCGAUUUUGGUUGCGUCGUCUGGUUAUCCAUUCGUUCCAUCCAUGUUUCUCAACUAUUUUUGAUGGAUUCAAUUCUUUGACUCCGCGAAUUCUUCGUUGGUUGGGCGCCACGAUUGAUAAUCGAAAUAUUGAAAUAGCAGAUUUCGUUCCACUUCUUUCGAUUCCCUCAAAUCUUCUAACAAUUCAAUCAGAUGUGACAACAACAUCUGAGAUUUGUUUUGUGCCGUAUGAUAUUACAAUUAAUAGUCAAUGUAUCGUUAAUGGUCGAACUCAAAUAAAUCGUGGGGUUUUUCUUGGAAACAACUCUCUUCUUCAAUCAGGCCUUUCUAUUCCCGACAAUGUUUUGACUGGAUCGUUGACACGACUUGAUUCUAAAACAAUUAUGCACGCUGGUGACAUUCUUCUAGGUGUUCCUGCUCAACCAAUGCCAUUCACUUUAUCAUAUGCCAACGAAACACGGAAGGUUUCCAAUGAUUUUCAACGAAUAGCCUGCGAACUCACCUAUUUCGUUUUACUUGAUCUUUUAUUGGAUACAUUCGUCACAUCCAAUAUUCUUCGAUUCCUGCUAACGGUGCCGAUAUUUAUGGUAAUCCAUUCGUUUACUAUUUGUAUAGUGUACUUCUAUUUAAUGAAGAAUUCUACUUCGACGAUAACACUAGCAAUGAUACUUUAUUCUCAGUACACGAAAUACACUGGGCAGCUUUUAGGUGGCACACAGUGGCUCGUUUUUCUUCUUCGUCGAUUUGGUGCACAGAUUGGCAAUGAUGUUAUUAUUGAUGAAAUGAAUUCCUUAUACGAUGUUCAUUUAAUCACGAUCGGUGAUCACGCUCGUUUAUCAUCGACAUGUCAAAUACAGUGCCAUACAUUUGAGCAUCGUCAUCUGAAACUUCGUCCGGUCAACAUUGGUUCGAAUUGCAUUAUCAAAGAGAUGGCAUUCGUGUUACCCGGUGUUGAAUUUCACGGUCAUAAUUACUUGUAUCCAUGUUCACUUGCUUUACCACAUGAUCAGUUUCUACGUCAUACAGAUUGGUGUGGAUCACCAACAAAACGCUUGAUUGUUCAUUAUGGAAUAGAACCACCACGGUUCAUUCUUGCUAAACAGCAAUCAUCCAUUGAUAAAUACGAUGUUAUUGUUGCACGCACCGAUGAUGACAUUCUCACCCUUUAUUUUGGAGACAAUGGCUGGAUGAGCUGGCAGUCUGGACUUAAUUUACGACAACCCUAUCGGCCAAACGACAUUUACAUUCGCCUGUUCUUUACAGCUUUCUUAUGUAAUACUACGCCGAAACGUAUUCUGGCUGUUGGUCUGGGAGGUGGAAUAUGGCCGCUACUAAUUCGACACUAUUUUUCUGCAGUUAUUAUUGAUGUUGUUGAAAUUGAUCGAACAGUUAUUAAAUUAGCAACAGAGUUUUUCGGACUCGCAGAACAGGCAAAGAAAAAUUAUUUGAAUGUAGUUGAAGAUGAUGGCUACCAUUAUAUAACAUUCCUACUCACAUCAGUAGUCNAAUGUCAUCUGUUGAAUACGUAUGGUCCUGCCGAGAUCACGGAAACGGCGACAUGUUAUGAAGUGAAUCGUGAUGAAGUGAGUGAGAUGAUAUCGAUUCCGAUUGGUCGUCCGUUGAGUGGCUAUCGGGUGUUCGUUGUCGACGAAUAUGGACAGGAAGUGGUGCCUGGUGAGCAAGGCGAAAUAGUGGUGGGAGGUGUGGGUGUAUUUGGUGGAUACUAUGGGCGAGAAGAGUUGAGUAAGGAGGUGAUGAUGGAAGUGGAAGGUGAUCUAUGUUAUAAGACGGGUGAUUAUGGUCGAAUGGAGGUGAAGAGCGGUGAGUUGAAGUUUGUUGGAAGAAAAGACUUUCAGAUCAAACUUCGAGGGCAACGGAUCGAAUUAUCCAUGAUCGAAUCGAUUAUUCUACAAUCGUCCGGUGAUAUUUUGAAUUGUGUAGUCACUAAAGAAGAUUCACCAAACGACAGCUAUUUAUGCGCUUACAUAAAGGUAAGAGAGUCUUUAAACAAAAAGAAUAUCGAAGAUGUAGUAAUAAGAUAUUGUCGCAAUCAAUUGGCUUCGUAUAUGACACCGUCGAAAUGGUGCUUUUUACCUGACCUACCAUUAAAUGCGAAUGGCAAAAUUGAUCGACAAAAGUUGUCAUCUGUUUCAGAAGUUACUGAUUUCAUAUCUACUUCGCCGCCAACCAUGGAAUUGUCACCUUUGGAAAAGAAACUAGAAGAUAUAUUUAUUCGUUCGUUUGGUUUGAAGACUCUGCCCGACGUAUCGAAAUCAUUUGGAGAAUUAGGUGGAACGUCUUUGGGGGCCAUGCACGCAUUGAUUCUGAUUCGACAAGAAAUAUAUGAGCAGAUGGAUAUUAGCCUUCUCUUUGCAAAUCCGUCCAUACGUCAGUUGGCUACGGUAUUAGAACCUCUUUUAACAAGAGAUUCCAAAUUCAUCGAAAUGGUGAAAGAAGAUGACGAGAACUUUUCCAUUCGACCUGUAUCGUCAUGGGUGAUUGAAACGCUAGGUAUUCUUUUACUUGCGUGGCUAUGCAUAUGGCCAUUCUAUGCCAUCGCUCACUUGGAUAUUUAUUUUUUUCGUUUGUUCUUAAUUCCUUUGAUACAUUUAUUACAAUAUCCUUUAUGUGUUACACUGCUGCGUGGAUCGGUUUUACGUGGUCGUGAUUCUCUAUAUUCAUGUAAGUAUUAUCGCUUAUGGUUCUUACGGCAUCAAUGGUCUCUGAAUAGAUACUGGUUAGGAUACUUAUAUGGAACUCGAUUUUAUAACAUUUACCUCCGUCUCUGUGGAGCGCGUAUUAGUAAUCAAGCCUAUAUCUAUACUAGUUAUAUUGAUGCACCUUGGUUGAUUGAAAUAGGUGACUUUAGCUACAUUGGUGAGGAUGUCGUUCUCUCAUCGAUUAGCUAUCAUGAUCGUAUUUAUGAAUUGCAUGAAAUCCACAUUGGAUCUUAUUGUUCAGUUGCAGCAAGAAGCGUUUUACAUGAUCGAGUCGACAUGCAUGAUAGAGUAUAUGUAGCGCCAUUAACAUCAAUCACCGGUCGCGUUCAUAGUAAUGACGAGACUGUUGUCGAAUCCUCAAGUGCAUCACACCUCGAUUAUUCGAUACCUCAACUGACUAUGAUUCUACUACUAAUAUCUCUACACUCGUUGGUUGUAGAGAUCAGCUGGUAUAUAAUAGCUAGGAUAUCAGUAUGCUGGUUCAGUUGGUCGAUUAUUAAUGCAAGUGUUGGCUUGCUUCUCCUUCGUUUCCUAGUGGGUAACGUGGAAGAAAAUUUCUCUCAUUCGAUAAAUUCCUGGCCAUUUUUUCGUCGAUUUUGGUUGCGUCGUCUGGUUAUCCAUUCGUUCCAUCCAUGCUUCUCAACCGUUUUUGAUGGAUUCAAUUCUUUGACUCCGCGAAUUCUUCGUUGGUUGGGCGCCACGACUGAUAAUCGAAAUAUUGAAAUAGCAGAUUUCGUUCCACUUCUUUCAAUCCCCUCAAAUCUUCUAACAAUUCAAUCAGACGUGACAACAACAUCGGAGAUUUGUUUUGUGCCGUAUGAUAUUACAAUUAAUAGUCAAUGUAUCGUUAAUGGCCGAACUCAAAUAAAUCGUGGAGUUUUUCUUGGAAACAAUUCUCUUCUUCAAUCAGGUGUUUCUAUUCCCGACAAUGUUUUGACUGGAUCGUUGACACGACUUGAUUCUAAAACAAUAAUGCACGCUGGUGAUAUUCUUCUAGGUGUUCCUGCUCAACCAAUGCCAUUCACUUUAUCAGAUGCCAACGAAACACGAAAGGUUUCCAAUGACUUUCAACGAAUAGUCUGCGAACUCAUCCAUUUCGUUUUACUUGAUCUUUUACUGGAUACACUCGUCACCUCUAAUAUUCUUCAAUUCCUGCUAACGGUGCCGAUAUUUAUGGUAAUCUAUUCGUUUACUAUCUGUAUAGUGUACUUCUAUUUAAUGAAGAAUUCCACUUCGACGAUAACACUAGCAAUGAUACUUUAUUCUCAGUACACGAAAUACACUGGACAGCUUUUAGGUGGCACACAAUGGCUCGUUUUUCUUCUUCGUCAAUUUGGUGCACAGAUUGGCAAUGAUGUUAUUAUUGAUGAAAUGAAUUCUUUAUACGAUGUUCAUUUAGUUACGAUUGGUGACCACGCUCGUUUAUCACCGACAUGCCAAAUACAGUGUCAUACAUUUGAGCAUCGUCAUCUGAAACUUCGUCCGGUCAACAUUGGUCCGCAUUGCAUUAUCAAAGAGAUGGCAUUCGUGUUACCCGGCGUUGAAUUUCAUGGCCAUAAUUACUUGUAUCCAUGUUCACUUGCUUUACCACAUGAUCAGUUUCUACGUCAUACAGACUGGUGUGGAUCACCAACAAAACGCUUGACUGUUCAUUAUGGAAUAGAACCACCACAGUUCAUUCUUGCUAAACAGCAAUCAUCCAUUGAUAAAUACGAUGUUAUUGUUGCGCGCACCGAUGAUGACAUUCUCACUCUUUAUUUUGGAGACAAUGGCUGGAUGAGCUGGCAGUCUGGCCUUAAUUUACGACAACCCUAUCGGCCAAACGACAUUUAUAUUCGACUGUUCUUUACAGCUUUCUUAUGUAAGACUACACCGAAACGUAUUCUGACUGUUGGUCUGGGAGGCGGAAUAUGGCCGCUACUAAUUCGACACUAUUUUUCUGCAGUUAUUAUUGAUGUUGUUGAAAUUGAUCGAACAGUUAUUAAAUUAGCAACAGAGUUUUUCGGACUAGCAGAACAGGCAAAGAAAAAUUAUUUGAAUGUGGUCGAAGAUGAUGGUUACCAUUAUGUGACUGAAACAGCGCAUCGAUAUGAUCUCAUUUUUAUUGAUGCAUUUGUGGAAGAUAACAUUCCUACUCACAUCAGUAGUCAACAAUUUUUUCUCAAUCUACGUCAAAUUUUAAAUGAUAACGGUUGCCUUAUUACAAAUGUGAACGUCCCAGAAACGAUUGUCUUUGAUCGAAUCGUUCAAAAGCUUACUUCAGUGUUCGAGUCCAAUAUUCUCUUAGCUCAUACAAAUACAAUUGAAAACGCACGUGUGAUCAUUUCAGGGAGCCAGUCAUCAAUAGGGUUAUUAUCGUCACGAACAGAAGCAAUUCAACAAGCAGAAAUGUUUCAACUGACAACACAUUUAGAGUUUAAUCUGUCAAAUUUGAUCUCUCGCGCAUAUCGUGGUUUAAUCUGUAACGAAAAAUUGAAUGAAAUCAAAGAAAUCUAA